GCUGAAACUUCAAAAUGCUAGAGGGAUCUCUAAGUGCCGCAACCGAGUGGCAUUCCACCAUCCAAAGAACAUACGUGUGCCAAUUCCAGCCAAUCCUCUGUCCCGACAAAAGUUGUGGACGCAGAGAGAAAACCCAGCUCGCACGUGCCAGUUUACAUUUCUAAUCCUCUUCUUUCCAUCUUUCCUCAUCCUACACUUCUCUGUACACACUGUAAUGGCACUCACUUUUAUCUCCCCAAUAUCCAUAAAACCUCUGAACCUCUCUUCUUCCUCUAGCCGUUCUAGUUCAAAGGCUUCAAAUCCUCUGCAAUCUAUCUCAAGGCCCCUUGCCAUAAUCUGUGGUAGGAUAGACCCGGAAAGAGAGGAUCACUGGCAGAGAUCCAAGAAAUGGCAGACAUUUGUUUCGACAGCACUGGCAGCUGCAGUUCUUGGCUUUAGCUCCAACCCAGCGGCUCUUGCCGAACUCAAUAAGUACGAAGCAGAAACGCGAGGUGAAUUUGGGAUAGGAUCAGCAGCUCAAUUUGGCUCUGCAGAUCUCAGGAAAGCAAUGCAUGUCAAUGAAAAUUUCAGAAGAGCAAAUUUCACAUCUGCCGACAUGAGAGAAUCCAAUUUCAGUGGCUCAACAUUCAAUGGUGCAUACCUCGAGAAAGCUGUUGCGUACAAGGCAAAUUUUACAGGUGCGGAUUUAAGCGACACAUUGAUGGAUCGCAUGGUUCUCAACGAAGCUAACCUCACAAAUGCCGUGCUGGCUAGAACUGUUCUCACUCGGAGCGAUCUCGGUGGAGCCCUAAUCGAAGGCGCCGACUUCAGUGACGCUGUGUUGGACCUUCCGCAGAAGCAGGCUUUGUGCAAGUAUGCGAGUGGGACGAAUCCAACGACAGGGGUGAGCACGAGAGCAAGCCUAGGGUGCGGCAAUAGCAGGCGAAAUGCAUAUGGCACCCCAUCUUCCCCAUUGUUGAGUGCUCCACCCCAACGCCUGCUUGAUCGUGAUGGAUUCUGUGAUGAGAGCACUGGUCUUUGUGGUUCCAAAUAGUUUUGUUUUUAAUUCCGUUUUUAGACUGAUUAAUAUUUUAAAUACAUACAUUAACUCCAAAACCAAAUUUAAAACAUUGUAUGCAUAUAUAUCUCAGUGUAUGUACUUGUGUGUGCAAGGAUUAAAAAAAAAAAUUCACGACUGAUGUGGUCAUUUCACGUUGA